AGAUUGUGUAGCGGCAUGGACGCAGUGGAAUGUAGAUGAAAGCGCAGGGAGCUUCAAACAUGAUGUUGUGACAUGCUGGAAUGAGAUGCGCGCAAGGGAGUCGAGAGGACAGCUUCCCAGAAUCAAUGAGAAGAAAACAAAAGAGAAGAAGAUCUCCCGAGAGGUCCAAGUGCAUUUUCCUCUCGUCGUUGGACGAGCUCGAGAGAAUCUGAAUGCGAUCCUCAAGAGUCGUGGACAGCAGACGAAUAAGCCUAGUUCAUCCCAUGGCCCCGGAAUGAAGAGAAUCAACAGGAUAGAGACGUUUGUGAGCCUUCUUGAGAAGCCUUGGAGUGAGAGGCUCCCGGAAGACAUCCUCUACUUGAUGGAAGCUCUCAGGGAGCUACACACCUUCAAAGAGCUCAACAUCGUGAGCUCCCACAUGGAGGAACAGCUCGCAAAGAUUGUUGACGUCCGGAAGUUCGUGCACCGGGGAGGCAUCGUCGUGAGAGAAGGCCAACAAGUGGAUUGCUUGUACCAGCACAAGGCUGUGAAGAACUCAGAAGCCUUGAGCUCAGAGGGAGGAAAGGUCAUCCUCUUUGCAAACAUCGUGGAAGCGAUUCAGAUCGCCGCGCUGGAUCCCUCGGGGACUUCGGACCCAUACGUCGUAGUGAGAGUGGGGACGAGGGAGGGGCAAACGGAAGUAAAGUACAAGACCUUGAACCCGAUCUGGGAGCAGACGCUCAAGAUCGAGGUAGAGGACGACGCUGAUAGCGUGGAACUGACCGUGUGGGACUACGACGCCUGGGGGGACCACGACUUCCUAGGUCUGGUGGAGGUGCCCUUAAGAGCGCUUCAGACCGACAUGCACAAGUUCCACAAGUACGCUCUGCCUCUCAAGGACGACGAGAGGUACAGCGGUCUGGUGGAUGAGCACAUGUCGGGCAAGGCGGAAGCUGUCUCUGGAUCGAUAACCUUCUUCCUUCAGCUCACCACUGACAAGUACUUGGACCGUGUGGAAACGUUGAUGUCAGAUGAAAACCAAGUGGAACGUUCGGUGCAGAAACUUCUCAUGGGAUCAAUCAUCGGGGUGGAGAGCUUCUUGUCGAAGGGGUCCUAUGAUAUGACGGUCAUCGUUGACCAGCCUGCCAUUCUGCUGAGGGUUCAGCUCAAGGAGUACGAAAGUCACAUCAAGCCAUUGCAGGACAACAUGCAUACAAGAAAGCUCAACUUCUUCCGUGAGCUCUCAGUGUUUCAUGACGCUAGUGACGACAAGCUGAACAUGAUCGCAAGCUCCUUCGACAUCCUGCAGUAUAGAUCCGGAGUGAUCGCGCGGGAAAGAGAAACAUGGAGCAGAGUUGUUUUCAUCAUGUCGGGCGAAGUGAACAUUUACAAGUCUGUGCUAGAUAACCGAGCUCACAAUCAACGACACCAGCCUUCUCAACGGCCGUCCAACAAGAGCACCUCAAGUGGAAACACCUCGGACCUUGCAUCGAGUGAUCUCAGCAAAGUUUUGAUGGAUAAAGAUGUCUUCUUGAGCAGACUCCUUCGCGGGCAUACGAUCCAUCUGUUGGAGGUCCUCUCCAAGACUCCCAACGCCUACACGUCAGUCGCCGCGACUCCAGUCGAGCUGCUUGUCUCGAAGGGCAGCACUCAGAUCGGGAUGCAGCACGAGCUAGUGGAGCUCAACGACAACUGGAAUUCUGAACCCAAGGGUGUUGUCAGAGCGCGAGAUGCUUUACCCGUCGGAGAUGUCUCUAGUGCAGUUGUAUGA